AUGGAACAACCUCAAGUCGAAGCCAAGCAAGACUCCCCCGUCGAGAGCAGCUUCAGCAUGGACAAGCUCCGCGCUGCCCUCCCCGUCGAUGCUGUGCUCAGCAGAUCUCAGUCCAUGUACUCAAACGUUGGCGGAGACCACUCCUCCAGAUCCGCUUCUGGCUCUUCGGCAUCAUACCGUGCUAUGCGUCGCUCAACCUCGAGUGCAUCCCGUCGUCGUGGUUCGUUGGCAUCUUCGUCUUUCCGCAACUCGUUGGCCAUCGAGAACACUGGCCAUGCUGAGGCCAAGUUCUUUGCUUUCCUAGACAUGGUCGCCAAUGCUUCUAAGGAAGCCAUCUCAUUGAAGGAGCUUUGGUCGCAGAUGGCCGCUGAGCGUCGCAACUUUGCUGCCGAGCGUGAGGAGCUCCGUGAGCAGAUCGAAGAGGUCACCUACGAGCUCGAGACCAAGCAGCAAGACAACUACAAACACGAUGGUGAACUUGUGGAGCACAAGGAGAAGGUCCGCGCCAUCUCAAUUGAGCUCACCACCGCCAUCAACAGACUCGCCGCCGAGAAGAACAAGCUCUCUGAGCGUGACCAGCACAUUGACCGUCUUCGCAACGAGCUCAUUGGCCAGCAAGAGCUUCAGUCAACCUUCCGUUCCCAAAUCGACCGUCUCAAGGCCGAGUACCAGUCUCACGAGACUUUGUUCAAGGCCAUGCAGGAUGACCGCGAUGGUGCAAGAGAAGAUGCCGACAGAUACCAGCGUGGACUCCAGAGAGUCACCCAGGAGCGUACCGAGAUCAGCACCAGACUCGAGGAGGUCCAGACCAACCUUGACACUGUCCGCAAGGAGGCUCUCAUCUCUACCGAGCGUCUGAGAAAGUACGAGCUCGACCAAGACGAGAAGAUCCACGAGAUCAACCGUCUCAAGGAAGAGCUCCGCAAGUCUCGCAGCAGAGAGGAGGAGUCUGGCUCAGAGCUUCUCAUCAUUUCUGAGAAGUUCAGCCAGUCCAACCGUGACAUCAGCAAGCUCAAGGAUACCCUUCGCACCGUUGAGGGCGAGCGUGAUGAGCUUACCCACAUCGUCGACGUUAAGAACCGCGAGAUCAAGUCCACCAUCGCCAGACACGACGAGGUCCAGACUCUCCUUCUUGAGAAGACCACCCUCCUCGACGGCCUCAGACGCGAGCUCUCCCUCUUCGAAGACCGCCUCCGCUCCGCCGAGCUCGAGAGAGACGAGAAGCACGAGGCUCUCGAGCACUCCCGCGAGCAGCACAAGCUCGUCAUCAUCACCCGUGACGAACUCCAGAACGAGCUUAUCACCGCCCAGGGCAAGGUCGACGCCUACAAGCGCCAAGUCAACCUCCUCAACGAGACUGCCCAGAAGACCGAGCAGCUUAUCAUCGACACCCGUGCCGAGAUUACCACCCUUAACGGCACUGUCAAGGGCCUCGAGCGCGAACGCCUCGACUGGCAAAAGAAGAACACCACCCUCAACGACCAGCUCGUCGAACUCAAGGGCCGCAUCGUCAUCCUCCAAGCCGAGAUCCACGAAGCCGGCGGCGAGCGCGAAGGUCUUCGCGACGAGCUACGCCGCUCCCGCGAAGAGCUCGAGGAGGUCACCGAGACCUUCACUCAAGACGAGUCCGCCGAGUUCGAGUUCGAGCUCGAGAACAUGCGCGCCAUGCUGCGCGAGGCCCGCGAGCAAAAGGAGCAGGCCAUCUCCGCCCGCGCUUCUGCCGACCGCGAGCGCGAUGAGGUUUACUCCAAGUACGAGUCCAAGUGUCGCGAGCUCGAGCGCUUUGAGGAGGAGGCUGCUUCGCAGAUGCGUGCUAUUGCCCAGUCGUCUGGCAGCAAGUCGUCGACCACCACUACCACCAAGAAGAGCAGCAGAGUUUCUGGUGGCAGCAGCAGCAUGAUGCAGAGCGAGCAGCAAUCAUGA